AUGGGGGACCACGACGAUUUCGAAGACAACCAGUAUCCGGACAACGACGUAUUCGUUCCAUAUGUGACAGCCGGUAAUUUAGCCCAGAAAAAUGGCGUGAAAAUAACAUUAUGGGGCAAAGUCACCAGAGUCACUGCCAGUGAAGGAUUUUACGUAAAAACCGUGGAUGAUCAGGAAGUUCUCAUUAGGCUUAAGAGACCUUUAAAUGAGCCCUUAGAGGGCUGGUAUGAGAUUUAUGGUGUGUCGCAAGGAAAAAGUGUUUUGUGUGACGAAUAUGUGCCAUUUAAUGAGGAUAUGACAAAAAAUAUUGAUACCGAAGGUCAUAAGGGCUUGGCGAGACUGUUAGCAGCGCUGGAUGACCCUUGGAAUUUAGGAGACGAUAAUUCGUCAAAUGCUAUGGCUGGAGUUGUGCCUAUGGAAGGAAACUUUUAA